CUGCCUUGUCAGAGGGGGCGUUCUACCAAUGAAUCUGAAGCUUUAUUCUUGGUGGGCAAAUAAGACCGAAAGAAGUUUAAGAAUUGGGAAAGAGAUCCAGAACCCACGCGGACAAUCUAGAGGAUUGUCACAGUGACAACAAUGCCUGUUGGAUGCAUGUUCCUAUUAUUAAGCAACAAACCAAUGUAAAGAAUAGAAGACAAGUAACAUGGAUUACAAGAAACAUAGAUUGGAGCAAUAUGGCCACAAGACAGAAAGUACUGGCGUCCACUAGAAGAUGGCAAAUUCCAGGCAAAGAAUGGAUUCCUCGCAAGAGCCUCGAGAUGGAACUAUCCUUAGAUAUUGGAGCAGAAAGAUACAAUAAAAGACAAAAGGAAAGAAAUAUCACCACACAGGUAUCAAUGAAUGAAAUCAAACCAUUUUUAUCAAGUAAAUUGGAAAGAAAAAAGCUGAGCAAAUUAACCAGUAAAAGAGAAUAUAUCUUAGAAAAAAAGAAGAAUCAGCAUAAAAUAAGAAUAAAAGGAAUUAAAAAUGAGAAUCUCUGGAAGAGAAAUAAAAAUCAGUUAAUAAAUGAAGAAAAGAAAAAUGUCACAGAUGAAGGAGAUGAGCUAUAUAAUAUGGGCAUGAAGAUACUCCAGCAGUCUAAAAGCCAAAAACAAAAAGCAGAAGCCUACAUACUCUUUGCAAAAGCAGCUGACAUGGGAAACUUGAAAGCUAUGGAGAAAAUGGCUGAUGCUUUGCUAUUUGGAAAUUUUGGCAUGCAAAACAUAACUGCAGCUAUCCAACUAUAUGAGUCCUUAGCUAAAGAAGGAUCUUGUAAAGCCCAAAAUGCUUUAGGAUUUUUGUCUUCUUAUGGAAUAGGAAUGGAAUAUGAUCAAGCCAAGGCACUCAUCUAUUAUACCUUUGGAAGUGCUGGUGGAAGCCUGAUGUCUCAGAUGAUUUUGGGGUACAGAUAUUUGUCAGGAAUCAAUGUUCUACAGAAUUGUGAAGUUGCCCUAAAUCAUUACAAGAUAGUGGCAGAUUAUAUUGCUGAUAAAUUGGAAAAAAAUGAAGGUAUUCCAGUGGAAAAAGUAAGACUAACUGAGAGACCAGAAAAUCUCAGUUCCAACAGUGAAAUUUUGGAUUGGGACAUUUACCAAUACUAUAAACUUUUGGCAGAAAGAGGAGAUGUUCAGAUACAAGUAUCUCUUGGACAGUUACAUCUCAUUGGGAGGAAAGGUCUAGAUCAGGACUACUAUAAAGCGUUAUACUAUUUCUUAAAGGCAGCAAAGGCCGGGAGUGCAAAUGCCAUGGCACUCAUAGGAAAGAUGUAUUUAGAGGGGAAUGUAGCUGCACCACAAAAUAAUGCUACUGCCUUCAAAUACUUUUCCAUGGCAGCCAGUAAGGGCAAUGCGAUUGGUCUCCAUGGGCUCGGUCUUCUCUAUUUUUAUGGAAAAGGAGUUCCUGUGAAUUAUGCUGAAGCACUUAAAUACUUUCAGAAAGCUGCAGAGAAAGGGUGGCCCAAUGCACAGUUCCAAUUAGGCUUCAUGUACUACUCUGGCUCUGGAGUGUGGAAGGACUAUAAACUCGCUUACAAAUAUUUUUACCUGGCAUCCCAGAGUGGGCAGCCCCUCGCCAUUUAUUAUCUGGCUGAGAUGUAUGCUACAGGAACCGGUGUGUUAAGAUCAUGCAGAACAGCUGUGGAGCUUUAUAAAGGUGUCUGUGAACUAGGCCACUGGGCUGAGAAAUUCCUGACGGCUUACUUUGCCUAUAAGGAUGGUGAUAUAGAUUCUUCCCUCAUUCAGUAUGCGCUGCUUGCAGAAAUGGGGUACGAAGUAGCUCAGAGCAAUUCAGCAUUCAUUUUGGAAUCUAAAAAGGCUAAAAUUCUUGAAAAAGAGAAGAUGUAUCCAAUGGCACUUCUCCUGUGGAAUCGAGCUGCUAUUCAAGGUAAUGCAUUUGCUAGAGUAAAAAUCGGCGAUUAUCAUUACUAUGGCUAUGGAACCAAGCAAGACUAUCAAACAGCAGCCACACAUUACAGCAUUGCAGCCGACAAGUACCACAGUGCACAAGCCAUGUUCAAUCUGGCCUAUAUGUAUGAACAUGGCUUGGGUAUCACAAAGGACAUUCACUUAGCCAGGAGAUUAUAUGACAUGGCUGCUGAAACAAGUCCAGAUGCUCACAUUCCUGUGUUCUUUGCCCUCAUAAAGCUGGAAACAGUGCAUUUCCUCCAAGAUGUCCUGUUUCUUAACCAGUUCACAAUGAAAUGGAAAUGGAUGAAAUUGGACAACACCCUUGGACCAUACUGGGACUUUUUUGUGAUUGGCAUAAUUAUUGCCAUGCUGAUCUUCUUGCUUAGAAACCACCACCAGUAGGAUCUGGACCAUAGGAAAACCUUCUCCUGGAAACCAGUUUACUGAGUGCUCUACUUCCUAAAUAAAAACAAAUUCCUCA